AUGUGGAAAGAAAGUAGUGUGAAGGUUUUAUGUAGCUUUCAAGGAGUGGGUUAUUUGGGAGAUAAAUUAAAGUGGCAUGAUUCGAUUUAUUAUGUGUUCAAUGUCUAUUCUUCUUGUUCUUUGGGAGCAAAGAGAGUUCUUUGGCGGGAGCUUUUGAGGCUAAAGAAUAAGUUUGUAGAUGGAGAAUGGUUGACAGGAGGGGAUUUCAAUGCGGUAAAGAAUCGGGAGGAAAAAGUAGGGAGGUCUAUGGUGGGUAGCAAUUCCGAAUGGAGGGAGUUCUCUAGUUUAAUUGAUGAUAGCGGUCUCAUGGAUGUGCCUUCUAAAGGAAAGAAGUUCUCUUGGUUUAGUGGUGAUGGUAAAUCUAAAAGUAGAAUCGAUAGAUUUUUGGUGGCGGAUAAUAUUAUUAGAAAUUGGGGUGUGGUGGGGCAGUUUAUUGGCAUGAGAGACAUCUCAGAUCAUUGUCCUAUUUGGUUGGUGAUAGAUCGUGCUAAUUGGGGUCCGAAAACUUUUUGUUGCAAUAAGGAGUGGUUCUCGAAUAAGGAGUUUCUUCCUUUUGUGGAAAAGGAGUGGAAAGAUAUAAAAGUGGAUGAGCGUGGAGAUUUCAUUCUUAAGGAGAAACUUAGGAUUCUUAAAGGUAGACUUCGGUGGUGGAAUAAAAUGGUUUUUGGUAAGAUAGAUUUGGAAAUUAAUGAGGGGAUUAGGAAAAUGAAUGAGGGGAUGGUGUGA